AUGGACGACAUUUUCCAUCAGUUCUUCGGCACCCACGGUAAUUUUAAUCACUUCUUUAAUAACUCUGACGACGACGACGAUGAUGAUGAUGAUAUUCAUAUGAUGUGGAGAGGCAUCAGUAGUACUAGGCAUCGAAUGGGAGGUUUCAACUGUAAUCACAAACACUAUCACAGGGGGGGAAGGCAUCAUCACCAUCAUCAUCAUCAGGAUCCUCCAAUCUACCGGGACCUGUACGUGACUCUCGAAGAAAUAGCUCAAGGAGUAAUCAAAAAGAUGAAAAUCACGCGGAGUGUGUUUAGCGAUGAUGGAAAAUAUACCACCAGGAGAGAAGAGAAAAUAUUGAGCAUUAACAUUAUGCCCGGUACAAAGGAUGGUUUUGAGAUCAAAUUCGAAAGAAUGGGAGACGAGUCGCCUGGCAAGGUCCCGGCUGAUAUCAUUUUCGUUAUUAGGGAAAAGCCUCACCCGGCAUUUAAGAGAGACGAUACUAAUUUGAUCUAUUCGGUCAAAAUCCCCAUCAGAGACGCCUGGUGUGGUACCAGCGUGUCUGUCCCUACUCUGGAAGGCCAAAUGGUCACACUCGAUGUCAAAAAUAUAAUUAUCACACCUCAGACGAAGAAGAUACUCUCAGGAUAUGGUCUACCUUUUCUUAACAACCCUUCCAGAAAGGGUAAUAUCAUUGUUCAUUUUGGGGGGGACAUCCAAAUUCCAGAUUUCCAUUGA